AUGACUAAUUUACAAAGGAAAGUUAGUGGAGAUGUCGUGUCUCCCGUUCGGUCUGAGUACGGCCCCGAAGGUUUUUGCAUCCCUUUCAAUUGGGUAGCUCAAUCACUAAGGGAACAAGGGAUUCGAAUAAUAGUCUAUUUGGACGACUUUUUAGUCGUACAUCAAAACCCUCAGAUAUUACAGUCCCAUGUACAAAUCACGGUAGAGAGAUUACAAUAUCUCGGAUGGAUGGUGAAUUUCGACAAGUCCACACUAGCACCUUGCCAACGCCUAGUUUACCUGGGCGUUCAGUGUGACACUCUGUUAAACGAAAAAUCUCUGCCCGAGAAAAAGUGCCUGAACCUGGUGUCCAAAAUAUCGACAGCACUAAAGGAAAAGACUAUCGAUUUGAAAGCUUUGCAGAGCCUAGUGGGUCUUUUAAACUUUGCAAGUUUUGUGGUACCAAGGGGCAGGCUUCACUUCCGAGCUCUGCUUUCCUUCCUGAACACAGUAUCCAAGAUUCCUGUUGCCAAAUUCAAGAUUCCCGUACAUGCCUUGAAAGAGUUCACUUGGUGGUUGCAGAACCACUCCUGUCCCUCUCUGAUUCAUUUCGCGGCACCAAUGCAUUUCCUAGCAACCGAUGCCUCAGACGUAGCUUGGGGAGCGCAACUAGACAACCGAUCGUUCCCAGGCUCCUGGAACGACCGCGAACAACUGUACCACUGCAACCAGAAGGAACUGUUAGCGUUACUCAAAAUAUUACAGAAACAAGGUCAGUUUCUGAGUUGUUCCACGGUUUUAUGGCAGUGCGACAACAGAACAGCGGUAGCUUUUAUUCGCAAGGAAGGCGGCACGAAAUCGAUUGCUCUUUUGGAGUUGACAAUCGACAUUUUCGAGGUUUUAGAUCGCUAUCAAAUUCACCUAGCCGCUUAUCACAUUCCGGGAAAAUUCAACUCCCACGCAGAUCAUCUGUCUCGCUACCGAUCUUCCCCCGAGUGGCACCUUUUGCCGACGUGUACGGACUUGAUUUUCAACAGAUUCGGGGUUCCGGUAAUAGAUUUGUUUGCGUCGGAAGAUGCACACGUGGUUGCUAAUUAUGUGUUUUUGGACCAAAACGACAACCAAGCCCUAUUCCACGACGCGUUUUCACAGACUUGGAAUUAUCACCAAGCGUGGAUUUUUCCUCCCCCGUAUUUGAUCCCCAAGGUCCUUGCCCACCUCAAUCUGGCCAAGGGCCUAUAUCUGUUAGUAGUGCCACGAUGGGAACGGGUCUUUUGGAGAGCCGAUAUCAAAUCCCGAGCGUUAGCAGCUCCUUUCACAAUCAAGCAUCUGAAUCGCCACCUAAUAGACAUCUCGACGGGCCUUCCACCUCCCAAAGUAAAGGAAAUGACGUUGGAAGUAUGGAAAUGUCUCACAGUCUAA